AUGCUGGAUCCAACAUGGAUCGCGCUGGCGGCAGAUUCACUAGCUUUUCUUGGUGCUCUGUUCCUGAACUUCCCCAUAUGCAGGAAGGUCGCCCAACAAGGCCUCAUGACUGUUUCUAGGACGAGGCGGCCGAAAGUGAAAUGGUACGAAGAUGAAGACGGCGAAGCCACCAAAGGGUCCAUAAACGAAUCCUCGCAUACCAUGCAAGUAAUGGGAAACAUGAUUUGGACCACCAUUGGGGCUGGACUUGCAUUUGUCGACCUUGCAUUUGUUUCCGCAGAACUCGAGACGAGUAACAAUCGCGACAGGCAGCUGCGACUGGCGAUGUGGGCACUUCAUCUAGUCCAAAGUCGCGUUCUUCAGGCGGAAACGCUUUACACUGUUCGUUUCACGCUUGGGGUGUUGGGCGGAGCCAGCCGAUUGAUGACAGCUUUCGCCCUCAGCACUGAUUGCUACCGGAGGGAUGCCAGCGGUCAUUACUCCAAGGCUCGUCUCCUAGUGGUCCAGUUCCAGAUUGUGGUGGCCAUCGCAGGGGUUUGCUGCAACUGGGCCAUUCCUCGUCGACCUGAUGUGUUUCGGCAAGGACAGCUGGUUGAGCGAGAAGCUUCAACCAGUUUGCUCAACCUGAUCACGUUCACGUGGGCGGAGCCUCUGCUGAAUAUCACCCAUAGAUCAAAACUACUGGAGUUCAGAGAUCUCCCCAUUCUCCGCAGCGAGUACAGUGCUCAAGGGUUGCGGGAUGGCAUCUUCACCGAGACGCGGACGAAGAAUUCCGUAGCCUGCGACGAAUCCUUCGUGUCCGCUCUAUGGAAGCUCAGUCGCAAGACACUACUCAGGCAGGCGCUGAUGGGAAUUGUAAUCAUCGGUUUGAGCUAUGCUCCCCAAGCGGCCCUGUUUGGCCUUCUACGCUCGCUGGACCUCCGCCAGAGCACGUCACAACAAGAGUCCCGUCCCUGGGCAUACGUUCUCAUGCUGUGUCUCCCGAUGAUGGCAUCGGCUGCCCUGGAGCAUGUCAGAUACUGGAUCGCGUAUCGGUCAUUAAUGGUCCGCACGCAGCAGCACCUGAUGGUCGCCCUCUUCGACAAAUCGCUUUGCAUCGGUGACGCCAGCACCACAGACCCGGGCGUGGGGAAGAACCUGGUCAACCUGAUGGCAGUCGAUGUAAAGCGACUGGCGGACUUUCUCUUGAAUUCGUCUUCUAUCUACGGAGUCCCACUGCGACUCUUUAUAUCGGCAGCCAUUCUCGUCAAGCUCGUGGGCUGGCAGAGCUUGCUCGCUAGCGUGGCAGUGUUACUCCUACUCUAUCCUCUCAAUCGAUAUACAGUCAAGGGAUACUCUGGAGCCCAAAGAAAGAUGAUGGGAUACCGAGACCAAAAGAUGGCCGCAUUGACAGAGGCUCUGCAUGGCAUCCGCCAGAUCAAAUUCUCCGCUUGGGAGGCGCCAUGGGAAGAGAAGAUCAACGACCUGCGGGAUGGGGAGCUCGAGGCACAGUGGGCAGUCUUCCGAUGGGAUCUCAUCCUGAUGUCCCUCUACCUCCUGACCCCGACAGUCUUGUCAACGGUGGUGCUGACAGUCUACUCGCUGACCCACGGAGGUCUGUCCCCCGCCACUGCAUUUACCGCCAUCUCAAUCUUGGGAACUAUGCAGACAGCCCUGACUGCCAUGCCUGGGAUAAUCUCCUCGGCUGUUGAUGGUGUGGUCAGUGGCAAGCGUGUCCAACAGUAUCUGAGCAUGCCGGAACGGCAGCCACGUGUGGUGCCGUCGCAAAGGGUUGAAUUCGACGAUGCAACGGUGGCAUGGCCCGGACAUGGCGGGGGCGUGGGGGGUAUCUUGAAAAACGUUAAUAUGAGCGUUCCGAUGCAUGGCCUGACUCUCAUUACAGGGCCUACAGGUUCUGGAAAGUCCCUUCUUCUGGCGGCGAUGCUUGGGGAGUGUGACAUCCUCUCUGGGACUGUCAAGGCUCCAACCCAGCGAGAGUGGAACGCAGAGUCCAACAAGGAUGAUCACUGGCUCUUAGAUUCUACGGUGGCAUACGUCUCCCAAUCACUAUGGGUUGAAGCCACCACCGUCAAAGAUAACGUGCUGUUUGGUUUGCCAUACAAUUCGCAAAGGUAUAAUCAAGUGAUGACUGCCUGUGCACUGGAACAGGACCUGCAAGGCUUCCCAGAUGGGGACGACACACACUUGGGUCCGAACGGGGUCAACCUCAGCGGUGGACAGAAAUGGCGCCUGUCUUUUGCUCGUGCCCUAUAUUCGCGAGCCACCGUACUCCUCCUAGACGACAUCUUCAGUGCUGUCGAUGUGCAUACAGCAAGUCAUCUGUACCAUCACGCUCUCACCGGGCCCCUAUCCCAUGCUAGAACACGUAUUCUCGUCACCCAUCACGUCUCCCUGUGCACCGCCGACGCUGAUUAUAUUGUCCAUGUUGAUGGAGGCACCGUCCACUACCACGGGCCUGUGGUUUCGACGACUCCAAGCAGCACACUUCCCUCAACGAGCUUCUGUAAAACCAGGAGGGUUCUUUUCUCGAGUGAUACCGAAGUGACCAACACGAGCGAUACAAAUGCGACUUUGACUGGCGGUCCUAAGUCAGGAUUGGCUCGAACUUUUAUUGAAGAGGAGGGUCGAGAGAAAGGGACCGUCAAGUUGGGAGUCUUCCGGGAUUAUGCUCAACAGAGCGGUACUUGGGGUUACUGGUUGCUGCUAGUAGCCGCGUUCCUGACUUAUAGUGCUCUGAUGCUUUCUAGGACCUGGUGGCUUAGUCUAUGGAGCGCAGCCGACCAGGGACAAGUAGCGCAGGAGAGUGUCCUAACAUAUUACAUCAACGUCUACAUCCUGUUGUCUGUGCUGGUCUGCGUGGUCGGUUCCGGGCGUAGUUACUUCGCGCUGUCCGGAUCUGUAAAAGCUUCGCGCAGCCUCUUUCGUCGCCUUCUGCACCGAGUGCUCCGGACCCCGUUGCAGUGGACUGACACCGUCCCUGUAGGUCGAGUGCUCAAUCGCUUUUCGAGCGACUUCAACCUCGUGGACUCUCUGCUGGGAGAUGAUGUGCGGGCCAUGCUGUCUCACGGCAUGGAUAUCCUCAUGGCUGUAGCGUCUAGUUUACUGGUCAAUCCUCUCUUGGUCUUCGGCAUGCUGAUUCUCGGUGCCAUCACUGUCAAGUAUGCAAGCCGGUACUUGAUAGCUUCACUCGAGGUGAGGCGGCUGGACAGUGUAGCCCGGAGCCCGAUCUACGACCACGUUGGUUCCUGUAUGGCAGGACUUUGGACGAUCCGGGCGUUUGGCAAGACGCACAUCUAUCGGGAACAAUUUCGAGAGAAGCUAGAUCGCAAGGCCCGCGCGCAGUGGCACGGUUGGCUGUUGAAUCAAUGGCUUGCCUUCCGGAUGGAUAUGAUCGGUGUCAUCUUCACCGCGGUCUCCACGACUUGUGUCGUCGCCCUUGGGGUGGACGCCGCGCUGGCCGGAUUUGCCAUCAGCUUCACAAUGAGACUCACCCAGACGAUCUCAAUGGGGGUCCGCCGCUACGCGUCCCUGGAAUUAGAUCUGAACAGUGUGGAAAGGAUCUUGGAAUACUCUCACCUGGACACCGAGCAUGACGCCGGUUACGCCGCCCCGGCGCAUUGGCCCCAGGACGGGGCGCUCGAGGUCAGGAAUCUAACAGUGCGCUAUGCCGCUGACAUGGACCCUGUCCUACAUGGCGUUAGUUUCCAAGUCGCCCGGGGCCAGCGCGUAGGGAUCAUUGGGCGUACCGGCGCCGGGAAGUCGUCCCUAGCGCUUGCAUUGUUGCGCGUGCUCGAGGCGAGUGAGGGUAGUAUUCUCAUAGAUGGGAUCGAUAUCUCCAUGAUCCGCCUCGCUGAUCUUAGGAGUCGACUGGCCAUCAUUCCCCAGCAUCCCACUAUUUUCGGAGGCACUUUGCGUUUUAAUCUGGAUCCUCUCUGCGAGUACGGGGACGCCGAACUCCUAUCUGCCCUUGCGCUGGUCCACUGGGAUACAUCGGCCCAUGGCUAUGGAGAAGAACAGCUUAAGAAGGGUGAAGAAAACCUUCAAACAGUCGCCGACCUGUUGUCACAGAAUCGCCAGGAAGGUGGUGCAUCCAUUCUCAACAGUCCGGUCUCCGAUGGUGGAUCCAAUCUCUCACACGGCCAACGGCAACUUCUGUGUCUUGUGCGGACGUUUGUGCGAAAGCCCCGCGUUCUGAUCAUGGACGAAGCAACCUCGGCCGUUGAUAAGGACACCGACACGUUCAUCCAACACGUACUCGGAUUGGAGUCUAGCCGGAACGCCAUGACGCUGCUCGUGAUUGCCCAUCGCCUCAGCACGGUCGCCAACUUUGAUCGAAUCCUGGUUUUGGGGGAGGGUAGGGUGGUGGAAUUCGGCAGACCGGUGGAUUUGAUGCACCGAGACAAUGGGGUGUUCAGAGGAAUGGUCGAGAAGGACGCGGGGAGGGAGACCUUGACGAGGGCGAUUUUCAACAAUGGAGAUAAAAUGUAG